AGCUUGCGGGUGACCCGGGCGGUGACGCGGUUACGGCUCCGCUGAUAUAGAGGCGCCCGGGGGCGCAGAGACAGCUCCGCAGCCGCCACCUCACCCAGUCUCCAGAGCCAGAGCCACAGCGGCCCGUCGUCGACACCAGUCCAUCAGCUGCUACCAGCAGCAGCACCACCGCCAUGCGAGAGAUCGUGCACCUGCAAGCCGGGCAGUGCGGCAACCAGAUCGGGGCCAAGUUCUGGGAAGUUAUCAGUGACGAACACGGCAUCGACCCCACCGGGACCUAUCAUGGGGAUAGUGACCUCCAGCUGGAAAGAAUCAAUGUCUACUACAAUGAGGCCACAGGUGGAAAUUAUGUUCCCAGAGCCGUGCUGGUUGACCUGGAACCCGGCACCAUGGACUCCGUCCGCUCUGGGCCUUUCGGCCAGAUCUUCCGGCCAGACAACUUUGUGUUUGGUCAAUCCGGAGCCGGCAACAACUGGGCCAAGGGUCACUACACGGAGGGCGCGGAGUUGGUGGAUGCGGUCCUGGACGUAGUGCGCAAAGAGGCGGAAAGCUGUGACUGCCUCCAGGGCUUCCAGCUGACGCACUCGCUGGGUGGUGGCACCGGCUCGGGCAUGGGGACCCUGCUCAUCAGCAAGAUCCGGGAGGAGUUCCCAGACAGGAUCAUGAACACGUUCAGCGUGGUGCCAUCGCCCAAGGUGUCGGACACGGUGGUGGAGCCCUACAACGCCACUCUGUCUGUGCACCAGCUGGUGGAGAACACCGACGAGACCUACUGCAUCGACAACGAAGCCCUGUACGACAUCUGCUUCCGCACGCUCAAGCUCACCACCCCCACCUACGGGGACCUCAACCACCUGGUGUCGGCCACCAUGAGUGGGGUGACCACCUGCCUGCGCUUCCCGGGCCAGCUCAAUGCGGAUCUUCGCAAGCUGGCGGUGAACAUGGUACCCUUCCCUCGUCUCCACUUCUUCAUGCCCGGAUUCGCACCCUUGACCAGCCGGGGCAGCCAGCAGUACCGGGCCCUCACCGUUCCUGAGCUGACUCAGCAGAUGUUCGAUGCUAAGAACAUGAUGGCCGCGUGUGACCCGAGACACGGCCGCUACCUGACCGUGGCCGCUGUCUUCCGGGGACGGAUGUCCAUGAAGGAGGUGGACGAGCAGAUGCUGAGUGUGCAGAGCAAAAACAGCAGCUACUUCGUGGAGUGGAUCCCCAACAACGUCAAGACGGCCGUGUGUGACAUCCCGCCCCGCGGCCUGAAGAUGGCAGCCACCUUCAUCGGCAACAGCACCGCCAUCCAGGAGCUGUUCAAGCGCAUCUCGGAGCAGUUCACCGCCAUGUUCCGCCGCAAGGCCUUUCUGCACUGGUACGGCGAAGGCAUGGACGAGAUGGAGUUCACCGAGGCCGAGAGCAACAUGAACGACCUGGUGUCCGAGUACCAGCAGUACCAGGACGCCACGGCUGAGGAGGGCGAGUUCGAGGAGGAGGCCGAAGAGGAGGUGGCCUAGGCCUCCUGCCCAUCACCCUGACCCUGGGGCACACCAGCAAAGCUUUGACCCUGAACACUCCACAUCUGCCUGCAGCUGCCUCCCCACCUUGGACCCCGAGAGCAUCAUCACCGGCCCUGCUAGCACUGUCCAAGCCCAGAGCCCAGGUUGCUUCUACUUAACUUCACCUUUAAUC